UCCAAGAUGGUUGUAGGCAGUUUCCGACGCUCCCUUUCUUUCCCGAACAAUCCUAACCGUCCAUCAAAGCCCCGAAAGACCUUCCACGUGAGAUCAACCAGUCUUCCCUGCAGAUCACACCCCUUGAUCUCUCAGCUCAAGGACGAGCUCACUGAGCUCAGAACCUGGGGAUCCAACCCCAAUAGCGCCCGAACCUCGGCUUGGCUCUGCGACGGCUUGAGCCGACUUCGGACCAUCCACGAGUCCCUCGACGACAUCCUCGGCCUCCCUCAAACUCAUGACUCGCUCCGCCACCACUCCGACACAGUGGAGAAGCUUCUAGAAGACUUCCUCCGCUUCAUCGACGUCUAUGGAAUGUUCCAAACAUUAAUCAUGACAUUACAGCAAGAACAAAUGGCGGCCCAGGUAGCCACAAGGAGAAGAGAUGAUUCAAAGAUAGCAUUGUACGUGAAGGCUAUGAAGAAAAUGGCUAAAGAAAUGAGCAAGCUCAUGUCCACCGUCCGAUCGAUCGGACGGUGUCCGGUGCCCGUACCCAUUGAUGAUACAGAGCUUGGUGAAGUUAUAAGAGAUGUUAAUGAAGUGACAGUACUAGUUUCAGUCACGGUUUUUAAUGGAAUAUCAUCGUCGUUUACGUCGCAAAAAUCGUCAUGGAUGGGAUUGAAAUUGGCAAAAAGGGCAAAGAAAGUGAAGGUUGAAGAGGGCAUUGAAGAAUUCCAACAAGUUGGUGUUGAUAGCUUGUGGGGUUUGAGAAAGAAGGGUGAUGAAGAAGUGAGGAUGGUGUUGAAGAAAAUGCAUGAAUUGGAGGAUUGUAUUUGUGGGAUUGAAAGUGGUAGUGAGAAAGUGUUUAGGAGUUUAAUCAACACUAGGGUUUCACUCCUCAAUGUUCUUACACAGUAGAGGGUUAUGGAAUUUUUAUUUUUCUUUUUAAAA